AUGGAUAUUGCCUCUAGAGGUACCUCAGGCACGACGCAGGAGGCAGUGGGGAGCAUUCUGGGAUGUCGGACGGCGAAGUACGACAAGCGAGAGCACCAGAAUCAGGCCCAGCCUCCCGACAGGCAUCACAGCCCAGCGCUGGAGUCGACGACCAUCUUCCCGUUUCCUCGAGACGACAUAGCAGAAGACAACCCAGCGGAGGAAGACAUGGGGAUGGAGAACUUGAGAUUCCAUGCAUAUGGAUCAGACCAACACCCUACGGCAGGUCUGCGCAAGGCCGUAAAGCUCAAGGGCUCGGUAUAUAGCUUGCGGAACAGGCUGAAAAGCUCGAUCAGCAACAUGAGUCUCCAAACGGCAUUCAAAGAUGACGGGCAAGAUGUUGGACCACAGCAGAGGAGCAAGCUCAAAAGUCCCACAAGUCAGCUCAAUCUACGUACGGCAUUUGGGCGACAUCAAGGUUCAGCUGAUGCAGAUUGUGGCGACUCGAAGGGACUGAGAAGUGCAUUGAGCAACAUGAGCAUGGGACGAGCUUUCCAGCGUAAAGAGCCUGAUUUUGUGAUGCUGCCAGAAGAGGAAGUGGAAGAGGGACAAUCAUCAACACCACAGCGGCGAAAACGACUGGCUAUGCAUGGUGAUGAUCUGCCUGCCGGUGGAAUUGGUCUCCGGCAAGCAGUCAGCAACAUGAGCCUUCGGUCCAGCGCCACUUUCAAUAGAAUGUUGGAGGGUGAGCUCGAGCUUCCUACAGAGUCCGUUCCAUCGCUGGUUCGAAAGAAGCUUGCUAAGCCAGGAGAGGCACCACCUCACGAUUUGAAGCAGUCGCUUAGCUCCAUAGCAUUACGUGCCGGCUUCAUAAGCUCUGAGGCAGAACGUGAUGACCUGGGGCCACGACCGAUACCAGUACGUCGCAAGAGAUUGGCCAUUUCCGUACAGCUGCCACCGCGCGGUCAAGUGCUGAUCCCACCAAUACCAGAGAGUCCGAGGUACUGCACAGGGAGCUACCAGCUGAUCGUGAAGCCAGAGGUCAUGGUCCAUAAUGGUGAUACUGCGGAUCUGCAAAACGCAGGCGAUAUGUUCGUUGCCACUGAAGUCAGCGCACAAGGCCCAAGCUCGACUGUACGAAGACAAGACAGAUCAAUGGAUACGUUGGGUGAAGCUCUCGAUACAACGCAGCGCAAGGACAAGUUUUGUGACCCAAAGACUCUAGCGAUUCUGACUGGAGCCUGCCACAGUACAAGCGCAGAGAACCACCUCGACUACCAAUCUGACACCAGCGACCCCUUCGUACGAGGCUACUAUCGUACUCACCAUGCCAACCGACAUCUGGAUCACGAAGACGACGGCUGCAACUCGCAAGCACGAACACCACAUCCGACCCCAUCACCUUCCCCACAUCAUCGUGAUGAAGCGAGUUCCUUAAGUACCUCCGAGUUCUUCGCGGGCUUCAGUGCACACCGUGCGGCCGAAAAGAAGUUCCUCGAUUUUACCCAGAACAUGGCGGUUCACGCCGUCAAUAACAGCGAGAUCUUGGACGCUGGGAUCUAG